AUGCAGCUCACAACCCUAUUCACUGUUUGCAUUGCUGCUCUGAGCAGCACCGCUGUUGCAAUGCCCCGUCUCUCUGGGGCGUAUCACGGUGCCCGCAUCUCUGUUCGUGUCCCUGGAAAUGAAACUACCGCUCACAAUGCCACUACAACGGGUACACGGGGUAAAGCUCCCUUGUCGACGGGGACGGCUCAUGGUGGUCGUGUUAGUGUCAACCGCUGCCAUGAGUUGUGCUCUUUGCAGUCUCAGACUUGCUCGCUUGCUGUACCGGAGGAUGAUAAGUUUUGCUGGUCCGUUUACUUGCAAUGCACGGAGAGGUGCAAGCCUGGGCAUUUCCGCAAGUAA